UUUCUUCGUUCUCAUUCCCACAAAGCCAACAUGGCCAUCUCUUCUGCUUGCUUUUUCUUCUUCUUAUGUUCUCUCUUUCUAAGCCAUGGUGUUCUUGAGCUUGAAGCUUCCCACCAUGUUGAUCAAAACCUUCAAGUUUCUUCAAGUACUCCUUCUAAAUAUCAACCAUAUAGAACUUCUUAUCACUUCCAACCCCCCAAAAAUUGGAUCAAUGGUAUUAAUUUCUUUCACCUAACUUUCUUUCUCUCUUUUUCUUAACUCUCUCUCAUUUUUUUUAUACUUCCAUAUUUCUUAAAAUAACUUUUUUUUCGUUCUUUGUUUUUUCCUUAUAACUUGUUCUGAUGGUGAAAUGGACAAAUGGGUGUCUCUGGAUAUGCAGAUCCUAAUGGACCGAUGGUUUAUAGGGGAAUUUACCACUUGAUGUACCAAUACAACCCCAAAGGUGCAGUUUGGGGCAACAUUGUCUGGGCCCACUCUACGUCAACGGAUUUAGUGAACUGGACCCCACAUGAUCCAGCCAUCUACCCAUCUCAGCCGUCUGAUAUCAAUGGUUGCUGGUCAGGUUCCACCACAAUCAUGCCCUGGGGCACACCAGUCAUUCUCUACACAGGAAUCAACCCCCAGAACCAACAAGUGCAAAAUUUGGCCAUGCCCAAAAAUCUCUCUGACCCAUACCUUAUUGAAUGGGUUAAGAUACCAAAUAAUCCAUUAAUGGCACCUUCUUCACUGAACCAAAUUAAUGCAAGCUCAUUUAGGGACCCAACCACUGCUUGGUUAGGCCUUGAUGGGACUUGGAGAGUGUUGAUUGGAAGCAAAACGGACCGUAGGGGAUUAGCUAUUCUAUAUAGGAGCAAAGAUUUCGUUACUUGGAUUAAAUCCCAACACCCACUUCAUUCAGCUAAGGACACUGGAAUGUGGGAGUGUCCUGAUUUUUUCCCAGUUUUGAUUAAUUCCAAACUUGGUGUUGACACUUCAACUCUUGGUCCUGAUGUUAAACAUGUGCUCAAGGUGAGCUUGGAUGAUACUAAAUAUGAAUACUACACCAUUGGAACUUAUAACCCUGACAAGGAUAUCUAUGUUCCGGAUAAUGGAUCCGUAGAAAGUGAUUUGGGCUUGAGGUAUGAUUAUGGGAAAUUUUAUGCUUCAAAAACUUUCUUUGAUAGUUUAAAAAAUAGAAGAAUCUUGUGGGGUUGGCUAAACGAGUCUUCGAUUCCCGCGGAUGAUAUAAAGAAGGGAUGGGCUGGAAUUCAGGCAAUUCCAAGGACUAUUUGGCUGGAUAAAUCCAGAAAACAACUAGUGCAAUGGCCCAUAGCAGAAAUUGAAAAGCUGCGUGGCCAUCAAGUGCACUUGCCUCAGCAAGUCCUUAAGGGAGGAUUAUCACUUGAAGUUUCUGGUGUCACAGCAGCACAGGCAGAUGUUGUGAUUUCAUUCAAAGUAAGUGACUUGAGGAAAGCCGAAGUGCUGGACCCAAGUUGGGUCAAUGCACAAGUACUUUGCAGCAAAAAAAGUGCGUCAGUUAAAGGGAGUCUUGGACCAUUCGGGCUGCUUGUUUUGGCUUCAAAGGGCUUGCAAGAAUACACAGCAGUGUUCUACAGAAUAUUCAAAGGUCAAAAUAAAUAUGUGGUGCUUAUGUGCAGUGACCAAAGCAGGUCCUCCUUGAAUAAUAGAAAUGAUAAAACAAGUUAUGGCGCUUUUCUGGAUGUGGACCCCGUUCAUGAGGAGCUGUCACUUAGAAGCUUGAUUGAUCAUUCAAUUGUGGAGAGCUUUGGUGGAGGAGGAAAGGCUGUUAUCGCAGCUAGAGUUUACCCUACGUUGGCAAUUGAUGGAAAAGCCAACUUGCACGUCUUCAAUAAUGGAACUGAGAAUGUCAAAAUCGCAAGUAUGAGUGCCUGGAGCAUGAAGAAAGCUCAAAUCAGUUAAAAGUAGACACUGAAAUUGAGAGUGUUAUGUCUGUAUCACCCACAAUAUAUUUGAAAGCAAUGAUUACUUAAUCAGAUUUAGCUACAUGCACCACUCUUAAUAUUGUAUCACUUUAUAUAAAUGAGCAUAUUGUCUUAGUUUUUCUUUAUUAUGUCAUUCUUAAAAUUCCUAAUGUUAAUGAUAUCAGUGCAACUUCAAUGUACCUGUACGCUGUACAACCGUUGAUUCUAUAAUAUAAUACUCCUAUAUUAUACUA